CAACUGGAACAGUCUCUCCAGCGAAGACAGGAAGAAGCGGGAAAGGAGCAUGAUCAAAUUGGGGCUUCCUAUCCCGGGUAAAGAUUUCGAACUGCCUGUUCGGGAUUGUGAACCUCCUAUUACAGAGCCUGAGCCUGAGCCCGAGCCCGAGCCAGAGCCAGCUCCCAUGUCUAGUUCAUCUUCUGGGUCUUGGGAUAUGCCAGUGGUGAGCGAUGAUAGAUUGACUGAGGCUCCUCCUCCUCCAGAGGCUGAACCUGAGGCUGAAACAGAGCCCGUCCAUAUGUCGAAUUCAUCUUUUGGGUCUUGGGAUACGCCAGUUUCAAGACAUGCUAGAUGGGGCUGA